CCAAAAACUCAAUAGAGAAAUAUGGCGGAUCUGUUCAUCAAACAAUCAAAGCAAUAUGCUAAGGCUCGGCCAGAUUACCCAGAAGAGCUCUUUGAUUACAUUGCCUCCAAGACCAAUUGCCACGACCUCGCAUGGGACGUCGGCACCGGUAACGGCCAGGCUGCCGGAUCCCUAGCUGGGAUCUACAAGAAUGUCAUAGCCACAGAUACAAGCCAAAAACAACUUGAGUUUGCAAUCAAGCUGCCCAACAUUCGCUAUGAGCAUACCCCUGCAGUUAUGUCUAUAGCUGAGGUUGAACAAAAAUUGGCACCAAAAUCAAGCAUAGAUUUGGUGAUCGUUGCUCAGGCUCUACAUUGGUUUGACCUCCCUACUUUCUACCAAGGCGUGAAUUGGGUGCUGAAAAAACCCAAUGGUGUCCUUGCUGCGUGGUGCUAUACAGUUCCUCGGGUUAACAACGUCGUAGACACCGUCUUUGAUCGAUUCUAUACCGUUGAUGUCGACCCUUAUUGGGAUCCACAGCGUAAAUUGGUGGACAACAAGUAUAGAAGCAUCGAUUUUCCGUUUGCGCCAGUGGAUGGAGAAGAUAACACAGGACCCUUUGAGUUUGUGACAGAGAGGUUGAUGGACUUGGAUGGUUUUUUCACAUACAUAAGGUCAUGGUCUGCAUAUCAGACAGCAAAGGAGAAGGGUGUUGAGCUUUUGAGUGAUGAUGUGAUUGCGGCAUUUAGGGAAGCUUGGAAUGAUGGUGGAGAUGGCAAUAAGGCUGUGAAGUUUCCUGUCAAUUUGAGGAUUGGAAGAGUGGGGAAUUAAUUAAUGCUGGCAUCAUUUUCUAAAAGCCUUGAAGAUUAAAAAGUACUUGUAACCUUCGAAUAAUUUGUGAUGCAUGCCCUUGGUUGGAGAAUAAUGUGAUAUUCUUCCUAAACAAGAGUAUCACUUGGUUUUAGAGUACAUUUGCCUCAAUGCCAUCUCAAUUAGUCAAGAAAAGCUGUUGUAUUUGUUUUGAUGUAGGGCAAGUGAUAGAUGAGUUUGGUCUUUGUUAGCAAGUAUAAGGCUUAUUUGUUGAAAUGCCCUUGUGGUUUGCGUUUUGUCUCAAUUUACCCUUUGAAUGUUUAAUUGACUAAAUGUUCCUCCCGUGCUUUA